AUGGCAGAUCUGCUAAGUAUUCACGAUGAUAUUAAAUUAUAUACAACUUCAGACAAAUUCUAUUUGGAGCCCACAAUACAUCCCACAGAGAUUCUGGUUAUAGACAGAGUCACUGGGGAAGCUUCUGUCAAAGAUGUUGGUUCAGUAAAAAUUCCGAUCCCAGCGAAUGCAUACCGACCAGUGUGUGGUUUCCUGGGCUCAAUCAAGCUCAUAUCUGGAUUAUAUUUAGUUGUGGCCAAAUAUAGAAUUUUGGUUGGCAAACUAAAUGGGCACGAAAUAUAUCAGCUGGCGGGCACAGACAUCAUACCGUAUGCACGCUCCAACACACAUCUCACCAGCAAACAGAUAGAUGACAACGCGACAUACGAGCGCAUGCUCCGCGCGGCGCUGGACACGGUGGGCAUCUACUUCUCCUACAGCUACGACCUCACGCACUGUCUGCAGCGGCUGCACUCGGUCACUCCAGACUUCCAUAGGAUGUCCAUAGCGAACCGCGCGGACCCUCGGUUCCUGUGGAAUGGCUUCCUACUGCGGGACUUCUCUCACCAGCAGUUCUCACGGUUCGCACUGCCCAUCAUACAAGGCUUCGUGUCAAUAAACAACGUGACAGUGAACGGUCACUCGUUGACGUGGUCUCUGGUGUCGCGCCGGUGUGUGGACAGGGCGGGGACCAGGUUCUUCAUGAGAGGAGUCGAUGCUCAGGGUAACGUAGCGAACUUCGUGGAAACAGAACAGAUAAUAGAGCGAGGCGGCGAGAAGUCAUCCUUCGUACAGACUCGGGGUUCGAUUCCAUUAUACUGGAGCCAGUACCCCGAUAUCAAGUAUAAGCCCGCCAUGCAACUGUCACACGAGGACCAUGUCGCCGCUUAUACUAAACAUUUGAGGGAUCAGCAGCAGAGAUAUGGGAAUCAGGUGCUCGUUAAUUUGAUCGACCAGCACGGCAAAGAAGAAGCGUUAGAGCGAGGGUUCCGCGCUGCAGUAGCGGCGGCAGCACUGCCCGGCGUGCGAUACGAACCGUUCGACUUCCACGCAGAGUGCCGCUCUAUGAGGUACUACCGGCUCAACGUGCUCAUUGACAGGAUCAAGUUGGAACAGGCGGAAUUCGGUUACUUCCUCUCCCGCGGAGGAACAGUCCUCCUCCGACAGAACGGAGUGUUCCGCACGAACUGCGUGGACUGCCUCGACCGCACCAACGUAGUACAGAGCCUGCUGGCGCGGCUACAACUGAACGCGGCGCUCAGGAUACUCGCAGUCACCAGUACUGAUGAUGAGAAACAUACUGAGUUCGAUAACCUGUUUAAUAAUGUAUGGGCAGACCACGCAGAUGUAAUAUCGACCCAGUACUCCGGUACAGGCGCCCUGAAGACAGACUUCACCCGUACUGGCAAGCGGACCCGACUGGGGCUUGUAAGAGACGGGGUCAACUCUCUCACUCGCUACUACAAGAAUAACUUCAGUGAUGGGUUUAGACAGGACUCCAUCGACCUGUUCCUGGGUAAGUACGUGGUGACGGACGGCGAGGGGAACACACUGCCCUGUCCACUGCGCAGGGACAGAGACUGGAAGUAUAUCACGUUCCCGUCGGUGCUGCUGGUGGCGAUGUCGAUGUUCUGCGCGAGCGCGACACUGCCGCAGCGGUACACCAGCGAGGUGCUGCUGUACCUCAUGUUCUGGGGCGCCGCCGUCACCGCCACGCUCACCUUCAUAUUCAGACACGGCAAGGAGUUCGUAGACUGGCCCCGCCUGGACGCGGGCGGACUGGCCGCCGCGCGCGCCCUGCCGCCGCCGCAGUCGUUAUGA